GCAAUCUAGGUCGUUAAGAGAAGCGUUGAGGCUAGACUGGGAAGAGCUUGGUGGGGUUCAGAGCACAGUUAAUUGUAGUGGGAAUUUUGCCCCCCGGACCCUCUAUUAGAAGGUCAGGAAAAGAACCAGUAGCAGGACGGAGGGCGGGGAUGACAGGAAAGUGAAGGUUAAGCAGUAAACUGGAGUCACCUAACCCUAGCGACACCGGAGGGAACAUGGUAGGACGCCUUUGAGAGUGGAGGAGGGACAGUGGGAGGAAAGGCCUUCUGGGAGGUUUUCGUGAUCUGAUUGAGGCUCUACUUUCCUAGAUGGGCAGCACUCAAAAAAGGUACAAACAACGGAAGAAUGGAUGCAGUCGCACAUAUUAAAAGACUUGAAAAGAAAAUAAGGAAGCCAGGAGCCUCAAUAUGAAUCCCUCUAGAUCUAGGUUAGGUGGCAGUGAUGAAGAAUUUUCAUUUCAAGAUUAUAAUCGUGGAGAAAAUGAGAGAAGAUGGCAGCAAGAGCGUCUCAACAGAGAAGAAGCUUAUUACCAAUUUAUUAAUGAACUCAGUGAUGAAGAUUAUCGGCUAAUGAGAGACCACAAUCUUUUAGGCACCCCUGGAGAAAUAACAUCAGAGGAACUACAGCAACGGUUAGUUAGAGUGAAGGAACAGCUAGCAUCUCAGCCUGACUCAAGAAAUGGGACAAGUGACAGAGACUCAGAAAUCCCUAGAGAAAGCUCACAUGAAGAUUCUCUACUGCAGUGGUUGAACAGUUUUCGGCGCACGGGAACUAUGACUCGAAGUGGACAAAAUGGGAAUCAAAGUUGGAGAGCUGUGAGUCGAACAAACCCAAACAAUGGGGAGUUUGGGUUUAGUCUGGAAAUCCACAUAAACCGUGACAACAGAGGAUUUGAAAUUCGAGGAGAAGAUUAUAUGGACAUUCCCCUGUCAGAUGUUAGCAGAAAUUAUAGGCAGCAAAGAUCACCUAGUCCUGUGGCUAGUCGGACAAGAAGCCAAACCUCAGGGAAUUUCAGUGGUAGUAAUAACAAUAUUCCAAGGAGCAGGCUGGGUUCAAGGGGGCAGAAUUCUGUGGGAGGAUCAUUCUCAGCACUGGGAAGGUUAAGAAAUGGGAUUGGGGGAACAGGUGGCAUUCCUAGAACUAGUGGUCGUCGCUCUAAUUUUAGUACUGACACUAACCAGCCAGGUGGUAGUGAUCCCAGACAAAGAGAAGGGCAGCGAUUUGGAGCAGCACAUGUUUGGGAAAAUGGGGCUAGAACUAAUGUUACAGUGAGGAACACAAACCAAAGAUUAGAGCCAAUAAGAUUACGUCCUAAUUUCAGUAGUCGAAGCCGUUCCCCAAUUCAGAGGCAGAGUGGUUCUGUUUAUCCUAAUUCCCAAAGAGAAAGUAGACCUCCACAGCAAACCACUAGAAAUAGGUCUGCAAGGAAUAGGGGUUCACGAGUCUUUCCAGAACAGGAUAGAGAACGACGCAGAGGUACGGUAUAUACCCCAUUCUCUAAUUCAAGACUUGUGUCAAGAAUAACAGUAGAAGAAGGAGAAGAAUCUAGCAGAUCUUCAACCGCUGUACAAAGACAUCCAACAAUCACACUAGACCUUCAAGUACGAAGGAUUCAUCCGAGAGAAAAUAGAAAUCGAGAGAGCAUUGCAAAUAGAACCCGAUCCAGAGUAGGCCUAGUGGAAAAUGCAGCUGAAAACAAUAGUGGGGACUUUCACAGAACUGUUUCUCAUGUAGAGCAGUCAGGCGUUCGAACUUAUGUCAGUACCAUAACAGUUCCUCUUCGGAGGAUCUCUGAGAAUGAGAUUGUUGAACCAUCAUCAGUGGCUCUUCGGUCAAUUUUAAGGCAGAUCAUGACUGGGUUUGGAGAACUGAGUUCUCUAAUGGAGGCUGAGCCUGAGUCAGGGAAUCAGAGAAAUGGUCAGCAUUUACCAGAGAUGUACUUAGAACUGAGUAACUUAGAUACAGUUAAUGAUCUCAGUCAGCACAGUGAAGGUUCCUCACAAGGUAGCCAAGCCCAAGAAGACGGUACUGAAAUGCUAGGUAUAGAUGAGACCUCCCAGCCACAGGCCCAAAACAGUGGCAACAGAAGUAGCAGGCAGUUACGAAGUCCAGACAGUUUAGUUGAGACUGGAACAUUGCCUAUUCUAAGGCUUGCCCACUUUUUCUUACUAAAUGAAGGUGAUGAUGAUCCUAUUCGUGGUUUAACCAAAGAGCAGAUUGACAAUCUUUCUACCAGGAACUAUGAUCAAAAUGGUGAUAGUGAGCUAGGUAAAAUCUGUAGUGUAUGUAUCAGUGACUAUGUGACUGGAAAUAAACUCAGGCAAUUACCUUGUAUGCAUGAAUUUCACAUUCACUGUAUUGAUCGUUGGCUUUCUGAGAAUUGCACCUGUCCAGUCUGUCGGCAAUCUGUUUUAGAAUUUGGGGCAGCAAACAAUGAAUAAAAUGUUGGGCCUUUUUAAGUACUAUAUUUUACCGGAGCUGAAUAGUUAAGCACUCUUGUUAUUUGUGAUGAGCUAACCAGGUUGAAAAAAAAAAUCAGAUUAUAGUUUGAACUAUUUUUUGUGUGCAUUUUUUUACUUGUUAAAAAGAGGUCAUUUAUAUAAAAUUUAAAAUGCAGAUGUUAAAUUAUCCAAAAGUAAAGAAUAGUUAAUAUUGCUAGAACCAAAUAAUCUUCAAAAUGUUUUUAUUUUGGUAAUUUUGUCAUGCUAAGCACUUUUGUAUCUGCACAACUCAAUAUGUUAAAUUAAUAUUCUUUUUCUUAGUAUUGUAGUAGUCUUUACUGGGGUUUUCAAGUUUCAUAGGCUUAGUGCUAUGUUUAGACAUUGGUGUCUUAAGUCUUUGUAAGAAUGUCAGAAUGUUUGCUAAAUAUAUUUAAGUUACUUAAAAUUUAAUGUGUAGCAUACCAGAUGUGUGUGUACAGGUAUGUAAUUUUAGGGUUAAAGUAUCCAGGCUAACAACUGCAAGUUUGAGACUUACUAAGCUUUAGGCCUUAUAAUGCAUAUGACACAAUGUUUGAUAUUGACAGGAUCAUCUCUGAGAGAAAGCAAAUUAAGAUGUAGUUCUAAAAUAGAGAUAGUUUACUGAAGCGUUUUUGACAAUCUGAUUUAUGAGACAGCAAGCAAUAUAUAGUAAUGAACAAGUAUUUCUUUAUUCAUAAAUGAAACAUGGAAAGUUUUAUGACAGAUUAUUUGAGUUCAUUUUUGUGACUUUUUUGAAAGUACAAAUAAAUAAUUCUUUGGGUUAGGUAGGUAUACAAUAUGCAUGAUUUCUCAAAUUUAGUUUUAAAAGUCUAAAAAAUUUUAAAGUCUAUAUAUAGUGAAAUGCAUAGAAGUUUUGUUAACUUGGAGGCCAAAACGCUCCAAAUAAAAGAAAAAUCUUGAAAAGAAUGUAGAAUUUAUAUAAACACAAACUAUGCAUUAAAGAUCUAUUUCUAUCAAUAAAAGAGACUGUAUAUGAACUAUU